UAUGAAUUAAGUUUAAAACAAUAUCAGAAAAAGUGAAAAUGUUUACAAAAACUGUCAUCAAAUGAUUGAUCCCAACAGCUGCUGUGCCUUAGAAAUGGAAUCUGUUGAUAUUUAUGAACGAAUUGUGGAUGGUUGGGAGAGAACAGAGACAAAAAACGGUGUUCCAUACUAUAUCUGUCACAAAUUACAAAGAACAACAUGGGACCAUCCAUACUUAUUAAAGACAAUGGAAGAAUUGGGAGAUUACAGUCGUAUAAAGUAUGCUGCUUACAGAACAGCUUUUAAAAUCAGACAUCUACAAAAGAAAUUCAAACUGGACCAGAUAUGUAUAGCAACAGUAAAGGAUACAUUUGAUCGUCAUGGUUAUCCAGAUGGAUAUGAUGAAAUGAUCAGCUGCACAGAACUCUUUGCAGUGUUGAAUGACCUUUACCUUCAUUUAGAUAAGGGUAUUUCCCUUACUAGAGAAGAAGCAGAAAUACUUGGAGAAUUGUUACAGAACUUCAUGAUGAACCUUUUUGAUGUAAACAGAACUGGUUGUAUAAAGGUGAUGUCUGUCAAGGUCAUGUUGAUAACUAUGUGUGCUGCCAGACUGGCAGAGAAAUACAAAGCCUACUACAAUGAAAUCCAUGAUCCUAGUACAUUUAUCAGCAGUACCAACUUUGCCUUGUUCUUAGAAGAUUUAAUACAGUUGCCAGAUGUUUUACAUGAAGCUGGUGCGUUUGGUAAAGAUGUAUCUCCUGCAGUAACUAACUGUAUACAGAUGAACAGCAGUGGUGUUGGAAUAUCAGAAGAUGUUUUCUUUCAAUGGCUGUUGAAAGAACCCCAAACACUUGUAUGGUUACCAACCUUUCAUAGAGUAGCUGCUUCAGAAUCAAUUAAACAUGAGGCCAAAUGUAACAUUUGUAAAAGUUGUCCUAUUGUGGGAUUCAGAUAUAAAUGUCUCAAGUGUUUCAACUUUGACAUGUGUCAGAAUUGUUUUUACACUGGAAGGACAAAGAAAACCCAUAAAUUAAAACAUCCAAUCCAAGAGUACUGUAUGGCUACUACAACAAAAGAAGACACAAAAGCCUUUUUGACAACAGUCCGUAACAAUUUAAGUAAGAAAUAUAGACAGAAGUCUAAACUGAAGUAUUUGCCUAUCAUGUCAGAAAACCAGUAUCAUCCUCAUACAUGGAACAAUAGAAUUGAACCUCCUGUGCCUAAUAUUCACUCAGCAAUGACAGACAAUGCUCACAAACUCACUCAAGCAGAAAAACAUCCAAGUACAUACGACUUGACACAAGAAGUUGACACACCAAAUGAUGAAAACAAGGAAAACAUGACUUUUACUGUUCUAGUUCAUGCUGAAGACAAAAAGAGAAGAAUCUCAGAUACUAAAGCAGAAGAUUCAGAUUCAUUAAUACAACAACGAAAGGAAUUGGAAAAAUUCAUCAAACAGCUGGAGGAUGAAAACAGACAAUUGCAUCAACAGUUGUCAGAAUUUCGAGAAUCUUCUGAUACAGAGAGCAACUUGUCAGGGGGUGAACCUAGAAAAAAGAGUCUUCCAUUAGCACCAUUAGAGAAUACUUAUUCUGUUGGUUUAAAUGGUCGUGAGCGUGCUAACCCAAGUCCAAUUAAGCCUGAAAUCUCUCAUGUUUAUCUUCGACAUCGCAGCCAUAGGCCACAAUAUAGUCCACUUUCGUCUCCUGAUGAUCCAGAGAAAUUAUCAAGAUCCAAGAUAUCGGCCAUACAUCGAUACUCAGACAGUUUCGUGACAGAACCAUGUAGUGACAGCAGAAAUAGAAUGUCUUAUGAUAGUUUAGAUUACAUAGAUGUCAGUCCAUCACAUUUUACAUUACCAAGCUAUGCACACAGUAGAGCUUACAUUGACGAGGAAGCAGAGAUGGACAACCUUGUUCACAAAAUGGAGCAGGUUUUCCCAAGCAACCUUUCUUACUCAGCCUACUCUACAACAGCCAAUGAUGAAAUGUUACAAGCAGCAUCUACCAUAGGAGCUGCCAUGUCAGACUAUGUCAGUGAAGCUAUUCAUACCUACUACUAGCAGAGCUUCCAUUGAUGUCAGAGUUUGUCUUUGGGUUAUCUGCUCAUUUUUAUUAUCAAAUGAUAACCAUGUAUGAAAAGAAAUGUCAGAUUUUGUCUACAGAUAUUGUCAUUGAAGCUUUUUAUAGUUGGUAAUUCAUGUACAAGUUAUUAAAGUUCAUUUUUUACAGCUUUUUUUCUUGCAUUUUGGUACAUAAAGUUACAUUUUAAUCCAAGAAUAAUUAAUGUAAUUUCAGAAAUUUUUCAAAUGUUUUUUUAUUGUGAAAAUUGUGUAUAAAGAUAAGUGUCUCAAAAAUAAAACUUUCAUGUUAAAAUUUUUAUAGCAUUUUCUGUAAUUGCAAUUUUAACAUUUUCAUUUGCAUCGAUUGUUUAACAUUUUUUAUACUUUUUGUUGUGAGUUGAUAUAGAAAGGUUGUAGCAAUCAGUGUGGUGACAGUAUUUUACAUUUUGUGCAAUAUUUUUUUUAUUUGUGUUGUUGAUUUGUAGUUUUCGUAGGGCAUCCAUUUAUAUGCAAUAAUGUUUUGAUAGAUUUAUCCUUAUAUUUUUAAGAACCAUUGCAAAAUCGAUAAUGAGUCAACAUGAGUGGCACUUGUAAAAAGGCUAUGCAUUAACAUUUAAUGUAGCUCCAUAAGUGGGUACCCUGUUGUUCAUGAACUUA